AUGCUUUCUUUAUUUCUUUCUAUAUAUUUUAUUUAUUCUUUAUAUCUAAAAAAAUCUUCUUUCAAACUUUUAAUCAUUACUUUUUCAUCCUCUUCCUUUUUAAUUUCCUCUCCCUUUCUUUCUUUCUUUCUUUCUUUCUUUCUUUCUUUCUUUCUUAUAUUUCCACUUCCAUUCUUUAACUCUUUUAAAUAUGUUUUUCAUUCUUUUCUUCUAGCUUUCUUCCUUUCUUUAUUUCUCCUUCCUUUCUUUAUUUCUCCUUACUUUCUUUAUUUCUCCUUCCUUUCUUUAUCUCUGAUAUCCCCCCUAAACCCAUCCUUUCCUUUUUUUAAUAUAUUCUUUUCAUUCUCUCAUUUUUUGUGGCGGGUCCUCUUCCUUUCUUAUGUUUUUUUUUUUAUAAAUAGAUACACUAUGUACGUACAUAUCUAUCUAUCUAUCUAUCUAUCUAUCUAUCUAUCUAUCUAUCUAUCUAUCUAUCUAUGUCAGUCUGUUCAUUAUCUAUCUAUCUAUCUAUCUAUCUAUCUAUCUAUCUAUCUAACUUAUCUUUAUUAUCUAUCUGUCUGUCUGUCUAUCUAUGGAUAUAAUGUCAUUCUUAAUUCUGUCACUAUCUAUCUAUUUGCCUGUAUCUCUAUCUCUCUCGGACAACCCCAUCCAUCCAUCUAUCAUCAUCUAUCCAUCCAUCUAUCUAUCUAUCUGUGUCUGUUCAUAUCCAUCCAUCCAUCCAUCUAUCCAUCCAUCUAUCUAUCAUAUCCAUCUAUGUCUGUUCAUAUCCAUCCAUCUAUCCAUCUAUCUAUCUAUCUGUGUCUGUUCAUAUUCAUCCAUCCAUCUAUCUAUCCAUCUAUCUAUGUCUGUUCACAUCAUCCAUCUAUCUAUCUAUCUAUCUAUGUCUGUUCAUAUCUAUCUAUCUAUCCAUCUAUCCAUCCAUCUAUCUAUCUAUCUAUGUCUGUUCAUAUUCAUCUAUCUAUCUAUCUAUCUAUCUAUCUAUCUAUCUAUCUAUCUAUCUGUGUCUGUUCAUAUCUAUCUAUCUAUCUAUCUAUCUAUCUAUCUAUGUCUGUUCUAUCUAUCUAUCUAUCUAUCUAUCUAUCUGUGUCUGUUCAUAUCAUUCAUUAUCUAUCUAUCUAUCUAUCUAUCUCAUAUCUAUCUAUCUAUCUGUGUCUGUUCUACAUCUAUCUAUCUAUCUAUCUAUCUAUCUAUCUAUCUAUCUGUGUCAGCAUCUUCAUUAUCUAUCUGUCUAUGUAUCUAUCUAUCUAUCUACGCGUGUUUUUGCUCUAA